AUGACCCUCCUGGGCUACUUCGGGGCGGCGCUAACGUCAAUCCUCGUGUCGAUACCGACGCUGCACCUGCUGGCAUCCGCGACGCACGCGCCGGUGCUGUCCUUUGCAGCCCGCAGCAUUGCGUCCUUCAGCGCCCUCAUCUUUUGCGCUUGCUAUGGCGUUGCUGCCUCUAUCGUGCUGCGUCUGGUUGGCUAUGGCGGUUUGAGCCAGUGGACCACUGCGCGCGCUUUCAAGUGGACUAUGUGGCUGCUUACUGGUGUCGAGUUUGUGAUUACCGACAAGCAUGCGAGUCUCAAGGUGCGGCCUGGGAUUAUUGUUGGAAACCACCAGACCGAACUCGACGUCCUCAUGCUCGGCUGCGUCUUUCCUCCUUACACGUCUGUGACCGCAAAGUCCUCUCUCAAAUACGUUCCUUUCCUCGGCCAAUUCAUGGCUCUCUCCAAAACUGUCUUUAUCAACCGCACUUCGCGCACCGCAGCCCUGGCCGCUUUCUCCCAAGCUGCCGAAACCAUGCAUGCUGAACAACAAUCCGUCUUCAUUUUCCCCGAGGGAACUCGCUCUUACGCAAACACACCCACACUAUUGCCGUUCAAGAAGGGGGCGUUCCAUCUUGCUGUGCAGGCGCAGGUGCCUAUCGUGCCGGUGGUGGUUGCAAACUACAGCAAUGUGUUGGAUGUGAAGAGGAAGAUAUUCAACAGUGGAAAGAUCCCGGUGUCGGUGUUGAAGCCCGUGGAGACAAAGGGGUUGACAAAAGAUGAUGUGGAUGCCUUGGUCGAGAGGGUGCAGAAGGACAUGGCAGAGGAGUUGGUGAGGAUCACACAGGUGGCUGAGAAGAAGGGUGUUGCUGGUGCCGAUGCUACAUCGAAAGCUACAAAGAGCGAGGGACGUUGA